CCAGCCUCUGAUUCCUGCCUCCCUUGGCCCCCCGCUGCUUUCCCUUGGCCCCCUUCGCAUGCUCGGCUGCUUGUGCUCUUAGUGAUGGUGAUGACGAUGCUACUAGUAACAAUAGCGGAUGGCAGCCUGCUACCUCCCUCCAGAGCAUGGCGUCUUGCUGAAGUUUGACACGGAACCAACCAGAGCAACUUCUGGGUGGGCCAGAUGGCGACGGCAAACAAGGGCACCAAGCCCAAAGUGGGGAGUGUCCGCUUUGCCCCGACUCAGACGGUGGAAGGAUCUUCCAGCCAUGUCCACUUUGAUGAGAAGCUUCACGACUCGGUGGUCAUGGUCACCCAAGAGAAAGAUGGCAGCUUCUUAGUGAAGGUUGGGUUCUUGAAGAUCCUGCACAAGUACGAAAUUACGUUCCUUCUGCCCUUCAUACAGCAGCUGGGGAAAGACAUUCGUGCUGCGCCGUUGUCCAACCUUAACCUUACAGUGACCAACAUAGCAUCUGCGCCUGAAGGGUACAACAUCAAAUGUGAGUACACUGCCCACAAAGAGGGGGUCCUCCAGGAGGAGAUGGUGCUUUGCAGCGAGAGCAACGACAAUGCUUCCGUCAAAGUGGUUGUGCAAGCCAGGGUGAUGGACCGCCAUCACGGCACGCCGAUGCUGCUGGAAGGCGUCAAGUGCAUCGGCGCCGAGCUGGAAUAUGACUCGGAGCAAAGCGAAUGGCACGGCUUCGACUAGGCUCAACUCCCAGCCUCCUCCGCAACUCCCCCGUCUUUCUGGGAUUUUCUAUACAUAGAUAUAUAAAUAUUUUCCAGUUAAGCUUGAGACAAAACACCAUCUCUUCACUGGCUGCCAGAUGCAGAGCGCUCUUGUUUCGUGCUGACCCGAUGGAGCUUGUCUUGUGGGUUUUUGGAUGCUGUGCUUUAUUCCUGCCCCCUCCCCACCCGUGACAUCUGGAACAGGCCGGCAGGCGAGGCAAGAACCAGUUCUGCACCCUCUCUUCAAGCUUAAAAACGGCAUCUGUGGCUGUGCAGCUUUUUCCAAAAAUUAUGCGCCCACCACGUUGCGUGCAAGUGUGGCGUACUGGGGACGCUGUUCCUCAAGUUUAGCUGCGAUCCCCCCCCUUCAGGUUUAGCAUAGUUUUAUUGUCUGCAAAAAAAGAUUUUCUGCAGCUGCUGUUUCAAAGGAGAUGAACUCUGCCACGCUGAGGGCUGCUCCUUUCCUCGGUUUCUAAGUGUUGUGGGCCUUGAACAGUAUAGAAGAGAUGCUUUGGCAGGAAGCAGCCGCUCAGUUGCCCUCGCCUUUUGGCAGAGUGGAUCAGCUCUUUAGUUUGGGGAAGCGACAGACGGCCUGACGCAGAACAGCCAGCGCUGGCUGCUCUGAACAGCUGUUUAGUGUUAAAAGACUGAUCCAAAGAAGGUUGAUAAGUAAGGUUUCACUGUGUUACUGUGGAUGAUAGGCUGGGAUUAGUUAGCGCAGCCUUUGCCAAGAUGGUCCCUUCCAGAUAUUUUGGACUACAACUCCCAUUUGGCUGGGGCUGAUGAGAGCUGUGGUCCAAAACAUCUGGAAGGCACCAGGUUGGGUAAGGCUGCAUUAGAGCAUGCAGCUGCUCUGGCUGCAUCAGUUACUGGGGACCAAUUACGUGACCACUCUGUCUGUGGUUGGAUGCCCUUUCUUCUCUCUUUCUCUUCCACCCCCCCCCCCCGCCUUAUGUGUUGGAAAUGAACUAUGCUCAGAGCAAACAGGCCUUUCCUAGCUACAGGGUUUUGCUUUUUUAAAAAGAAGGUUCAUCCAAUCAGAUCAGUCUCUGGCUGAACAAAAAUUGCAGCUUCUGCCAAGCAAUUUAGACAGUCCCCCCCUUUUUUUUUAUGCAGCAAAGAUGGUUCAACUCAGAUAGCAAAACAAAAGACUGCCCUUUUGUCCUGCAGAUUGUGCCUCAUGCAUUGUUGUCGCCUAGGAGGGGUUUCCUUCAGAAUGCCAGCCCUCCGCUGCCUUUCCAGAGAUACAUAAACGAUAUCUCUCUUGUUGCAAGCCAUAUGGUGUCUUGAAAUUUCUUUGUUAUAGAAAACAUUUCUUUGAUUUCUCUUUCUUCCUUUUGCAAUUUAUUUAUUUUUCUUUUAAAAAACUCCGCUGCUGCCACCACCCAGACACCUUUUUGAAUAUUCAAGAAUUGGACCCUCGCUUCCUUACAGGCAGCAUGCAUUACAUUUACAGCGGAAACUCUGUUGGCUGAUUGACUCCAUGGAAUUUCCUAGCGAAAUCUGCCUGGUUUACACAUUCAGGAGAAUGAGGUGGUCGCACAGCCUAGAUUACUUGUGAGGGUCUUGGGUUUCUUAUUUCUUCCACUGUGCAUAUUUAAAAAGGAAAGAAAAGCAACUCCCUGCAACUGAAAAAGUAGCUUUGCAGGGAGUGGGCUAGCAUAGACUCUUCAUUCCUGAUCUGCUAGGCUUGUACUUUGAGCAUUUUGUUGUUGUUGUUUUGCAUUCGGGAGCACCCCCCACUCCUCUUUUUUUUAAAAAAAUGUUCCACUACCUGCUGCAGAACUCAUCCUAUUCCGCAAUCUCAUUCUGCUAUACUUGUGAGUCAGGCUUCAAUUUAGAGCUUAUACCACUGUUGCUGAAAUGGUCCGGCCAGGGUGACAGUCCAACAUCUAUUGAUGCCUGCCCCCCAUAACUGCACCACCAUCCUCCUGGCAGGUGCUCGGGGGAUCCAGCUGCUCUUCUGGAGUGGGUGGGAGGCUGCUAGCCAGUUAUAGGACAUCAGCGCCUUCUGCUGCUGUGGGGCGGAGGCAGGACCCCCCCCAGGCCAAUAAGGUUUGACAUCUGUUUCAUCUGUGUGGGGUGGGUUGCUGCUGACUUCCAACUCCCAGCAUCCCUGAGCAUGGACUAUGCUGCCUGAAGCUGAUGCGAACUGUAGUCCAGCCACACCUGGAGGGCCAAAGGUGCCCCCCACCUGCAAAUGUUGCUAGGUUGGAGCUCAGGGGCUUUGUAUCAAAACACAACAUUUUUCUCCCACCCCCAUCCUGAUUUCUUAACAAAUGUUUGUUCACCCCCCACAAUUUUUUUAAAAAAGAUUCAUGGUACAGAGACCAGGAAUGUGAUAUAGUCUUGAAGGAAGCCAACGGGGUUUUUUAUGUGCCUAUAUAUAAAUACAUAUAUAUAUAUAUAUAUCAAAAUAAAUUUUGUGUUUUUUGGGUUUUUUUAAAAAGCAAGAAUUCUCUAAAGGAAAAUAAACUUCAGUUGGA